UACUUUGAUCAGCUUCUAUGAGCUCCAGCUGAGACAUGUAGUUCAGCUUCUGGCAGCAGCCAAUCACAAGUCAACCAUUGGGCAUAAAAAGCAGCAGAGCGUGCCGCCGUGCGGUGGGAAGGUGAGAGGAAGCAUUGGCCUGUGUGAUGGCACUUACACUGGUCUCCAUCUUAACUGCUGCCAUCUCCGUGGCCUACUGCUAUCCUGCUGCCUUCCAAGACCUGGAGGCAAUAGGCAAGAACCGAACUUCCAUCAAGUUCCUGGCCGUGGGGGACUGGGGUGGAGUGCCUUACCCCCCGUACAUCACUGCUGUGCAGAAGGCUACUGCCCGAGAAAUGAGCAAAAUAGCAGAGCACAUGGGAGCUGACUUUGUUCUGGCCCUCGGCGACAACUUCUACUACAAAGGUGUGGACAGUGUGGAUUCUCCUCGGUUUAAGGACACUUUCGAGACCGUGUACACUGCAAAGUCCCUCCGAGUACCCUGGUAUGUGCUCGCUGGUAAUCACGACCACGCGGGGAACGUCAAAGCCCAGAUUGAUUACAGCCACAAGUCUGACAGAUGGAAGUUUCCCUCUUACUACUACGAGCUGAACUUCCGCAUUCCCAACACCGGGAAGACGCUGACCAUCAUCAUGCUCGACACCAUAAUGCUGUGCGGCAACUCCAAUGACUUCGUGGAUGAGAAGCCCAGGGGACCCCUUCGUGCAGUGGAUGCCAACCGCCAGCUGACGUGGCUGCAGGGGAGGCUGGCCCAGUCCAAGGCGGACUUCCUGCUGGUGGCCGGCCACUACCCCGUGUGGUCCGUGUCCGAGCACGGGCCCACGGAGUGUCUGCUGCAGAGGCUCCAACCUCUGCUCGUUAAAUACAAGGCCACGGCUUACCUCUGCGGGCAUGACCACAAUCUGCAGUACAUUGAAGAAUCUGGCGUGGGCUACGUGGUGAGCGGCGCUGGGAACUUCCUGGAUCCCGACAUCCGCCACUGGAACCACGUCCCCAAGGGCUCUGUGAAGUUCUUCACCGGCCAAGCUUCCACGCUGGGAGGCUUUGUCCAUGCGGAAGUCACCAAGAAGCAGAUGGUCUUGACCUUCAUCCAGGCUAAAGGCACCUCGCUCUAUCGCACCGUGCUCUCCCAGAGGGAGUUUGAAUAGACGAGCAGACGGGGGAACAGUCGGCAGUUUGUCGAUCACACGGUGUCAUCCUGCAGUGUAGCUGGAGAUCAUAGUGAGGGUUAAUCCUGUAUUUUAAAUGUUGGCAUUAAUAUUUCAAAGCAUUUGAUGUUUUAAAAAGUGAGUUUCUACUAGUGUUUCCUCAAAUGAUUUGCUUUAAUUUGUGUGGAGUGGACGACCACACGGCCUAGAUAUUUUCAUUAUGUCAUUUGUAUUCUGCUUGAAUACCGUUUAGGAACUAAGAUCAGGCUGUGGCUGAAAAUGAAGUCCCACAAAUGCCAUCAGCAAUUUCAGCUUUUUUCUUUGCUUCUGGGUUCAUUGUGAGCUUGCGCCUCUUUAUUUGAUCUUAAGCAUGUAGUAAAAACAUUAAAUUUGUGUCAUUUAUGCAAAUUUGACUCCAUUCCUAUGGAUCAGCUUAAAAAUCUACUUGCACAUCUCUGGGGAGACAUUAUUAGACCAAGUCUCAGUACUGUAAAUAUGAUUGUACAAACAGUGGUUUAUUUGUUCUGUGCUCGGUCAAAUCAGGUCGCUGUUUAUUAAUGUCAUGAACUUCCUCAUAGGAAAACCUGUGACACAAAUUCCUGAGGGCUUGUAUUUUCCCUCCCUCCUUCCUCAUAUUGUAGUUAUACAAUUUGGCUGAUCAGACUCUGGUUUAGAACUGAGAAUGAAGCUGCCGCCUUAAAUCAUUUGCAAAUGUGGAUUUGGGUGCAAAACUAUACUUUAUACUAAUUGUGUUCAAGGCUCGCCCUUUUGCAAAAAUCAUUGCCAUGUAUAUUGUGGAAGUGCUGCCUGUUCACCUAUGUUAUGGCUUUACCUAUUUUUCAUAUGAAUCCUUUUAUACCUGCCGUCAUCAGCAACCUUCAUAUGUGUCACACAGCCCUUUAGAAAUGCUGGACCUUCAGUAGUUUAUAUCUGGCGGCCAUGUGCAGAAUUUAAAUGCUGACGGGGUCGGUCGCUGCUAAGGGACGGGAGAGGCUAAGACCUCCCGAGUCACUGUUCUUUUCCCCGUCAGAGAACCACCUGGCCUGCCAGCACAGGAUUAGGAUGGAUGACAGCAGUGACCGUGGCCGGGAUAAACUCGGCCAGCCAAUGAUGGCUAACCCGGGAAGGGGAAGCACAGACCGUGCUAUUUUUUUUCUUCCUUCUCUCUUGCCAACGUGUUGAAUUUUUUCCUUUACUGCCUCUGUUGUCUGUAAGAAAAUGAAUGUAUGGAAACAGUGUGUUGGAUUGCAGCUUCAAAAAUCCUCCCAGCAUGAAAAAAUACAGAUUUCUUACUGUUUCAUGUAAUGUAAUGACAUAAAUACAUUGUCUUUCGUGUUUGUCUUAACCACAGUGUGAGUGCUAAAGGGUUACUGACUGUCUGGUGUGUGCCGUAUUGAUCCGGUUGGGGUGAGUUUCAGUCUGCUGGCAUCGAGCAUCAUCAGACCUGACAGGAGUGAGUCGGUGCCAAGAGGAGGCCGUCACCUGAGGAUAAAGGACGGGCGAGGAUCACUCCACUUUAACCAGGCUAAACUCCCCGCGGACCAAAAAAGGAAACCUCACUGGGUCACAUGUCAGGUCAGGCCGACCGAUGAUUAGACACAAUCCUAAUUUACGGUAAUCCUUCUACAUGUAUUUGCUGAUCUGUCACCUCCACGGGACCUUGGGGGUGCACCGAUAGGUUGACGGCAGGUAUAUCUCAAUCCUCUGUAGGUCCAUCACUCAUAGUCACUCGUAGAAAUGAACUUAAAAUAAGUUUUCACCCUAAUCGGCAGCUCCCCUUGUCUUCAUCAGGCUGUAUGGUUUCUGUUCAUUCUUUAACAUGAUUUUCAGAAGCAGUCAACUGUUUUCAGCAUAAAAAGGUCUGUAAAAGCUCACUGCCGGAUCGGCACCAGACAGCAGACAGACACAGCUACAGACUAAAACUGGAGACCUCACAUGAGGAUCUGUCAGUUACUGUAAAGAGCCACCUAUGUUUCUGAAGUUGGUAGAGACCAAAAACAAAGCUAAAAGAUUGACACGCAUCAGGUUUUUUGCGAGUAACUGCAGAAUGUGUAAAUUAGCAACUGUUUGCUCAUAAAUUGUUCUGCAAUGUGA